CCAGUACAGUAGGGGACGGUAUGCACCUUUUACGUUGGUUGCGACCUGCCAUAAAAUAAAAAAGAAGAAAAAGAAUCAUCGUGAAAACUACUCACUCCGGAACCUUUUAAUCAGUGUUUUGUUUCCUAGCGGAGUCUAAGCCCGAACGGACACACGUGUCUGACUUGCUAGAGGAAAACACGACACAUCAUGUAAACUAAUCAAAUAGCGGCAAAUUGACGCAUUAAACUAGUCUUUUUUUGCGAAUAAUGUUAAAUAUUGCUACCAUAGAGUCUUAUACAUAUUAACACAUCUGAUUAAGCCUCGCGUGUACGCGCACACACGACCAUGAAGAUCAAGCGACAAAAGCAAGCCAAGAAAACCCUAUCAUUUUACAAAUAUAAUUUUAGCUUCAGGGAACCUUAUCAGGUUCUCAUUGACGGAACUUUUUGCCAGGCUGCGUUGAAGAACAAGAUUCAAAUCAAGGAGCAAAUACCGAAAUAUCUAAUGGGCGAAGUGCAGCUGUGCACCACCAACUGUGCUCUGAAGGAACUGGAAACUCUGGGGAAAGAACUCUAUGGGGCAAGAGUCAUUCUGCAGCGGUACCAAGUGAGGAGAUGUCCACAUUUCAAGAACCCUGUUCCUGCUUCCGAGUGUCUGCUGUCCAUGCUGGAGGAGACCAACCCACAUCACUACUUUGUCGCCACACAGGACCGCACGCUAACAACGGGCCUGAAGAAGAUCCCCGGCGUGCCUCUGCUCUACAUCAUCGUCAACACCAUCGUGCUGGACAAACCUGACCAGCUGUCGCUCGACCACGUCCAGGCCGUGCAGCUGGGGGAGCUGGUGAGCCCCAGCCAGCAGCAGAACCUCCGCAGCAUGAAGAAGGAGCAGGGCAUUGUCGCUCGGAAGGACGGGGACAGACGCGGGAAGAAGAGGAAACGGCCCAACCCCAACCCUUUGAGCUGCCUGAAAAAGAAGAAGAAAGGCGUGCCCACACCUCCGCUUAAAAAUAGCGAAGAGGGUCGGAAGCGGCGCCGACACAAGAAGAGUAGAACAGAGGGAGGUGAUGCACCGUAGAAUUAUUUACCGCUAACAUGAGUACUGAAAAUGUUUAUUUUCAUGGCAACAUAUUACAUACAGUACAUAUGCAUCAUCUACUUUGCUAACAACUCCAACAAUAAAUCAACACACGAUCCUUUUACAUAUUUUGACAUUUUAUGUCCUUUUUUUUGCCUUGUUUAACUUAUCCCAACGCAUUAAAUAUCCUCUAAUGUGUCCUAUACAUUUUGGAGUGGUUGUCAUGUGACCGUUUGGCGUGGGUGAUAACAGCAAUAUAUAAUGUUCCAUACAGUUUGCUGAUAUGUUUUUUUCACUGGAGUUUUUUUUUAACAUUUUUGAAUUACUUUGAUUCUGCCUUUAAUUUAUUAUCCAUCCAUUUUCACCCCUUGUCCCAUUCGGGACAUUGGAACUAUUUAACUGGCCUCAACAAAAUUGACAGGAUCUUGGGUUUGGGGGAACCUGCUGUCGUUACAAAGCGGUUGUUGCUGGACACACGACAAACUAUUGGGAGAAGAAGGAGUGCCGCGUGCCUGGCGACCCUUUUCUGUCGAGGACGUGAAGAUAUCCACCUAUUCGGAAUUAUGAAAACAGGACAUCUGCUGAUUGGAGUAAGCGUUGCUCUGGUGUGUCGACAAAUUGGAAGUUGCUGGCAGUCUUCAAAGUAACCCAAAGCUGCCACAAACGAUUGGAGGAUGCGGGAAGAACUGUGGAUUACAUCGGACUGUCUAACCCGCAGGUUUUGAGGACCAGUCAUAGACAAUUUAGAGUGAAAAGCAAGUUUUAUUUUCACUCGCAUACAAAAUCAUUCUGGCUUGGAUUGUUUCCCUGGCUUCGAGACUCUCCCGAAGAACAGCGCAGCGAAGACACAACAAACUCCCUUCUUGUCUCUCAUGGACACACACCUGUUGUUGUUGACUUUGGACGAGACGGCACAAUGCAUCGGAGCCGCGGAACAGAGACACGCUGCGGGCUUAUACACACACAUCCACAAAAAAUAUACGCCACGCAUACACCCCCCGCCCCAAACCCAACGCCUUCGACGCAAUUCCCGUAGGGGUGAUGAAUGGAUGGUCAGCGCCUGAGAGCUGCGGCCUACCACCAUCACCUUAACCUGCCUUCCCUCUGUUGCUAGAUAUCUCGAGAUGCAUGUUGUAAAAUGUAUAUGUGCUUUGCUAUGGAGGUUUUUUUCCCACUCCGAACUGGGCCCCCUUAGGAGCCCAGUCUGGAUUGUAUUUUUAUUACUCAUCCUUCCCCAGCGUUUACCUUUUUCCCAUCUUUUGCGGGGUGCCUUAUGGCGACCCAUCAGCGUUCUUGUUCUGUAACCCUGUACACUGUUUUAUUGUCUAAUCUUGAACAGGUUUGUGCUGAAAACAAAGUUUUGUUGUACUUGUGCAAUGACAAUAAAGACCUAUCCUAUGAUUAUAAUCUGAACAAAA